UGUGACCGUGCGCAGCCCGGCACCAUCGAGCAGGCGGUGGACGAGAUCCGCGUGGUGGUCCGGCCCGUGGAGGACGGCGACAUCCAGGGGGUGUGGCUGCUGACCGAGGUCGAUCACUGGAACAACGAGAAGGAGCGGCUGGUGCUCAUCACCGACCAGGCGCUGCUCAUCUGCAAGUACGACUUCAUCAGCCUCCAGUGUGAGCAGGUGGUCCGGGUCGCCCUGAACGCCGUGGACACCAUCUCCUGCGGAGAGUUCCAGUUUCCCCCGAAGUCGCUCAACAAGCGAGAAGGUUUGGGGAUUCGCAUUCAGUGGGACAAGCAGAGCCGCCCUUCGUUCAUAAACAGAUGGAACCCCUGGUCCACCAAUGUGCCCUACACCACGUUCAUCGAGCACCCGAUGGCCGGUGUGGACGAGAAGACGGCCUCUCUGUGCCAAUUGGAGAGCUUCAAAGCCCUGCUAAUCCAAGCUGUCAAACAAGCCCAGAAAGAGAGCCCUUUGCCGGGACAGGCCGACGGCGUGCUGGUCUUGGAGCGCCCCCUCCUCAUCGAGACCUACGUGGGGCUGAUGUCUUUCAUUAACAACGAGGCCAAACUGGGCUACUCCAUGACCAGAGGCAAGAUAGGCUUCUAGACGCUGCCCUCGGGGCCUCCGGGGAGAGCCAGGCAGUGUGGGGACUCGGCCAGCGCGGCCGGGCUGGGGCCACUCACCGUUAGGGGUCUGAGGCGCAUUAGGAUAGUCAAAUGCAUUAUCUCUCUCGCUGGAUGUGGACGUCUGGUAAUGCGGGCUACAGACAAAAGCAAAACGGACCAGGCUGUCCCUGUAGGCUGCUGCGCCAGCUUCUGGUACCUCGGUUUCCCUUCGGCUUCUCCGUCUGCCCCGCCCUGCCCUCCGCAUGUUCCUAAAUGUGGUUCCACGGGGACGUCCUGCUUCCGCCCAGCUGCAGGCCGGUGCCCCAGGGAGGCGCUGCACACCCAGUGCCUGUAGCCACAAGUAAGUUUACACUUGGUGUCCAGUUUUGUAUAUGGAAAUUUAAUUACUUUUUAAAGGUAGCUACAAAAGAAGCCGGCAGCCUGCUGAGCUAAGCAGGAGACAGUCUGCCUUGUCAGCUCCUGAAGGAACAGUUGCUUUUGUGUGAAUCCGUGAUACGAAGUCCCACUUUUUCUAAAAUUAACCUAAUUAAUACUUGUAGCAUCUUCCUCAGGCCCAAGGUUUGCAUAAAAUCAUUUUAGGACAAUUCAUUAAUUUGAGAAAGUCAACUUAAUAGUUCUUGGCCCACAGUUUUGACAACUAUGUAUUCCAAGUUUGUGUUGUCAGACUCGUAUUUUAAAAGGGAAUUGCUGCGUUCACUUAAAGAUGCACUUUAAAAACAGGAGGCGCCUUAGGUUCCCAUGAAGCAGCUCCCACACAGGUACACUUCAUCGGGGUCUUGCCCAGACCACGCCUGGGCCUCGGUGUGCCCGUGGAGCAUGUCACCAUGGGGACCGUUGCCGCUGCCCUGCCCUGCCCAGCUCGCCCUUGGACUGGAAGCAUUUAUUGGUCAGCUUCAACUGCUGGCUCGCGGGUUCUGCCCUCAUCCCCAGCCCUGGUGUAGCUGUCUUUGGCGUGGAUGUGACCCCUGACCUGUGACCUGAACGCAGUAGCCUGUCCGAGUUGGAAGGCCGCCUCGGAACCAGCCUGCUCGUGAGACUUAGCUUUCGGUCUCGCAGUAAAGACAUUUACAACCGAAUGGGUGGUGGUCCUUUUUUGAAGUUAUUAAAACAGGUGCAACAGC